AUGGCGGAAUUGGAGCGCGAAAAUCAUCUUAUUCAACUGCGUGCAUUAUUGAACGAGAGACAUAUCAAGCUCUGGCAAACACCGUUUCUAACCGCGGAGCGUCUCACCAAUAUGGCAGAGAUUCGCACAAUGGCUGAAUCGCUCGGCACAGAGCUGGCCAUACCCAUCGAUCUUUGCGAGAAGGCAUUGAUCGCACUCCAGCGGAAUGCCUUAGACAAGCUCGAAUCGAAAGACGAAUUUCAGAAGACGGGUAUUGCCACAUUGAAGGUACGCGCCCCAACACAAUCGGCGGUGGAUCGACGAGAAUUCAAUCUGAAAAUUAAAACCACAGAAACAGGAUGGGCACUUAGUGAAAAAAUAGCACAGCAACUUAUGCUGGAUGCUAGAAAGAUAAAGAUGGUCUGCACGGGAAAGAUCAUCAACGGAGACCGCACGCUGCUGGAGCAGAAUAUUGGAAACGGCGCUGUCGUGUUAGCUCUCGUGAUGGCAAUCGACGAGAAAGAAGCUAAAUCCGAGUCAUUGAUGUACGGUCGGGUGCAGAAAAUACGAGCAGAUGCCGAACUGAUACUCUCGAGGAAUGAAAGAUGGAAUUUUCUCAGCCUUGAAGAUCAAUCAGGCAAUGCGAUUUUUCUACCGAAAGACGAGAAAAAGGCACUUCUCAUGGGGCUCACCCUGUACGAGAAAGGAAAGGUGGCCAUGAAAGCUGGAAGACACGAGGAAGCGCUGCUGCUCAUGCUCGAAGCGGACCAUGAUCUGUGCGCUUGUAACUCGGAACUACUGAAUGUCGUAGAUAACUAUGCCCUGCUUAAUAUGGAUAUUGUAUGGUGUUACCUGUUGUUGCAGAAUAUUAAUCAGCUUCCGGACGCAGAAGUACGCCUGCAGGUGUGUGAGAAACGACUGCAACAAAGCUACAGUGCCAAUAUGCAGCGCGUGGCAGCCCUCCGGGGAGAAGAGUCGUAUGAAAAAGCGCUUUUCGUGCGGCUGCAUCUCUUGAAAGCGGUGCUGUUUUUUCACCAGAACAAGCGCGAUGAUGCCCGUACGAUGUUCCAGGUGGUGGAAAGUGAGCUGACGAAGCUUCGCAUCGACGACGCAACUCUUAGCCGCUUGAUGGAGUGUGGUUACUCGAUGACUGAGAGCCGGAUUGCGCUUCGCGUAAGCGCCAACGACAUGGAGGCUGCGAUCGAACACAUUCUUAACCGCAGGCAAACACUGCAGAAUAACGCAAAGCGCAAAUCGCGCGAAAUAAAGCUGUACGAAACGAUUGGUCACAACGUUGUGGAAGAGGGUGGGAUGCGCCUUGACUUAGACCAAGUGGACAUCCUGAUGGAAAUGGGAUAUCCAGAGGAACUGGCGGCUAUGGCGAUGAAGCAUAGCAAGAACGAUAUUAACGAAGCCUUGAAUCAGCUGCAAUCAAACGGGGAAAGUCUGCAAAAUAAACUAUUACACGCGGUCCGUGUGGACAAGGAGCUGCUGAGGCAACUGGUGGAGCUUGGGUAUUCCUCAGAAGUGGCAUCGGUAAGCCUCAAGAUAAAUGCGAACAAUUUGCGUGAGGCCAUAUAUUAUCUCGAGCUACACGUCACGAACGGUGUGUUGAGUCCAUCGCUACAACGCACUGUAGAAGAGGUUGCUUGUAAGCAGAAUGCUAAAAAACGCGCCUCGUCGGCAAAGCAUACUCGUACUGCCGAUGCCCAACCGUCCUCCAGCAAACAAUCUUCUAAGAACUCCCCAGAGAAGCUGUCGACUGAAAUGGAUGGAAAACAGCAAGAGGAAAUGCUCGACUUGUUGUUUCAAAGCUUCUCAAAAGAUCUCAAGGCUGACGCCGACUCACAUUGGGAUGUGACGCUGGUUGAUGAGGAAGUACUGCUAAAGCAGUACAAGCUGCUGUUGGGUAUGGAUUAA